GCUGUUCGCCCGCAGAGGAGAGGCCGAAGAUGCUAAAGCGGGAAAAAUCACAUAAAAAAAGAUUGAAGGCACACAGUGGUCAUCAUGGGCGAGAUAUUGAAAGAUGGGCGAGAUUUAUGAAACCUGCUGUUAAUCUAAAAUUCACUGAUACUGUGCGGUGUGAUGAAAAGCGCAGCCUGAGAGCAGCACGGAUUGCCUUAUCAUAUUUCAAUAAGCAGGUUCCUCAUGUGAAGUAUGAGCUUGUUCGAGCUCUUGGCUGUAUUGAUACGAUGUCUCCAAGUACUUUCCUUCCUGCAUGCAUGCAUUGCAACUUCAUUGCUAGGCCGAAAAAUAAAAGUAAGGGAGCCCCGGUGGCAGAGGAGAAUAAUAAGCUCUUUUUCGGGGAAGUUGAAUGUUCAGGUAGGAGCUCACGCUGCAGUUUUUGCUGCAUCUUGGGGCAAACGGGUACUGUGGAGAUGCAAUGGCAAUGGAAAUGUUAAGAUGAGCAACGACAAUGGAAGUAUUAAAAGGCAUCAAUGGUGUCGGAAGAAAUAGGGAAAGAGAAGAGAUAACGUUUUCUUGUCAGCAGUUUGUCAGCCAAAAAAUUAGAGAGCAGGGGGCAAAAUGGGAAGGAGAGAUGUGUCUGAUUUUCUUAAUAUCUGUGCCCAUUUCCAUGUUUCAACCUUUACUGCUAGUAAUUUUCUGGUUUGGUGUUUCUUAUCUUUUUCAUGCUCAUUCAUUUACAUAUGUAAAAAUAGCUAGAUGAUAUAACUUGAAUAGCUACAUUUCGUUCAGUCAUUGUGGAUUUUAAGGUCUUUUGUCUCUCGUAGUUUGAUUUGUGGUGGUUCAUUGAUAUUAUUUUUGGUCUUGAUGCUCUUUCGGGUUCCUUCUUGCAGUUCUUAAUUUUUAACUAUGAACACUAUCUGGCUAUCUGCAAUUAACGAUCUCAAUAUUCAUUUUGAUCAUUCCAUUUGCGUGGUUUUUUACAAGUAAUUAUUAGUACUGCGUAAUAUAUUUAGAUACUUCAUAAGCUGCUUAUUUGUUUGAUGUUGUUUUAACAAGUUCUUUCUGUCACCCUAACCCCCCAAAAUCUUAUUAUCUUGCAGUGACUGGGAAUUGUGGCUGUCGUUUGUUUUGUCGUGACUAUCCUGAACUCAUCCAACAUCCUAAAGGCGGUGGAUUCAGAAUGACUUACAAAAGAGAUUAGGGUAUCUCUGAUGUUGUAUCUUAAUCCCAAAAAAGAUUAGGGUCGGUUAACUUGAAUAGACGAUUUUGUUUCUUUGCAUUGUAUAUAAUAAUUAAUUAAUACUGUCCUAAUGCAUUCAUCGUAUACGCAAUUUCCUAUGCAUGUCUAUUUUUUGCUCCAAAUUUGAACUCUACAAAUGACUACA